GGACGCGGCUCGCGCCGGCACCAUGAACCCGCUGUAACGCGCAGGCUGCGCGGCGCGGGGGGAGGGGGGAGGAGGAGGCCGCCGCGGCGAAGUUCUCCGCCAUGAACCUGAGGGGCCUCUUCCAGGACUUCAACCCGAGUAAAUUCCUCAUCUACGCCUGUCUCCUGCUAUUCUCUGUGCUGCUGGCCCUUCGUCUGGAUGGCAUCAUUCAGUGGAGUUACUGGGCUGUCUUUGCUCCAAUAUGGCUGUGGAAGUUGAUGGUCAUUGUUGGAGCCUCAGUUGGAACCGGAGUCUGGGCACGAAAUCCCCAAUAUCGAGCAGAAGGAGAAACAUGUGUGGAGUUUAAAGCCAUGUUAAUCGCCGUGGGCAUCCACUUGCUCCUGUUGAUGUUCGAAGUUCUGGUCUGUGACAGGAUUGAGAGGGGAAGCCAUUUCUGGCUUCUGGUCUUCAUGCCACUGUUCUUCGUCUCCCCGGUGUCCGUUGCAGCUUGUGUCUGGGGCUUUCGACAUGACAGGUCACUGGAGUUAGAAAUACUGUGUUCUGUCAACAUCCUGCAGUUUAUAUUCAUUGCCUUAAGACUGGACAAGAUCAUCCACUGGCCCUGGCUUGUCGUGUGUGUCCCUCUGUGGAUUCUCAUGUCCUUUCUGUGCCUGGUGGUCCUCUAUUACAUCGUGUGGUCUGUCCUGUUCCUGCGCUCCAUGGAUGUGAUUGCAGAACAGCGAAGGACGCACAUAACAAUGGCACUGAGCUGGAUGACCAUCGUCGUGCCUCUCCUUACUUUUGAGAUCCUGUUGGUUCACAAACUGGACGGCCACAACGCGUUCUCUUGUAUCCCGAUAUUUGUCCCUCUCUGGCUUUCCUUGAUCACUCUGAUGGCAACCACAUUUGGACAGAAGGGAGGAAACCACUGGUGGUUUGGUAUUCGCAAGGAUUUCUGUCAGUUUCUGCUUGAAAUCUUCCCAUUUUUGAGAGAAUAUGGAAACAUUUCCUACGACCUCCAUCAUGAAGAUAAUGAGGAAACGGAAGAAACCCCAGUUCCAGAACCUCCUAAAAUUGCUCCAAUGUUUCGGAAGAAGACCAGGGUGGUCAUCACCCAGAGCCCUGGGAAGUAUGUCCUCCCACCUCCCAAAUUAAAUAUUGAAAUGCCAGAUUAGACACACUCCCUCGAACAGAAUGCAAGUGGACCGGGACGCACGCUGUCUUCUACCCUCCUCUGCCUCUCCGUUUACCCCACCCAGAACUGGAACUGGAGCGGGGGCUCCAGGGACUUCCAUCUCAUGCCUUGUUUGCACUCAAUGCCUACCAGUGACUCACCAUGACGGGACACACACAGGGCAGGGGACGGGCGUGCGCAGUGUGGGCUGGGGGGGGGUGUUGUCAGCGGCUGUGGGUGUGAUGGGGGGACCACAGGUGAGAAGGAGAAAGUGAUCCCCUCUGGGCAGGCGCCUCAGGAGCUGGCUUGGCUCUGUUACGGAUGGCUGAUGAGGCCAGAGAAGGAACUGGUUUUCAAAGUGCUAAAAUUCCCAUCAAAAGUGUUCUUUGAAAAUGUUUCUUUAAACCAGCCUGGCCUCACCACAUAGCUUCGCGUCUGCCAUUGGGGUGCAGUCAGUG